AUGGACGCCUGCCGAGAUAGACGGCCUAGACGCCCGAUGAAACAGACGGGCUUCUACGCCCGCCGAGACGGACGGGCUCGUACGCCCGCCGAGACCGACGGGAUCGUACGCCCGCCGAGACCGACGGGAUCACGGACCGGCUGGACACCCGUCGAGACGGACGGGCUGGCUGUACGCCCUCCGAGAUGGACGGGCUGGCUGGACACCCGCCGAGACGGACGGGCUAGACACCCGCCGAGACGGACGGGCUCCUACGCCCGCCGAGACCGACGGGAUCGUACGCCCGCCGAGACCGACGGGAUCGUACGCCCGCCGAGACGUACGAGCUCCUGCGCCCGCCGAGACCGACGGGCUCGUACGCCCACCGAGACGGACGGGUUGCACACCCGCCGAGACCGCUUUGCUGGACGCACGGGCUCUUACGCCCGCCAAGACGGACGGGUUCCUAUGCCCGCCGAGACGGACGGACUCGUACGCCCGCCGAGACGGGCGGGCUCGUACGCCCGCCGAGACGGGCGGGCUCGUACGCCCGCCGAGACGGGCGGGCUCCUACGCCCGCCGAGACGAACGGGCUCCUACGCCCGCCGAGACGGACGGGCUCCUACGCCCGCCGAGACGGACGGGCUCCUACGCCCGCCGAGACGGACGGGCUCUUAUGCCCGCCGAGACGGACGGGCUGGCUGGACACCUUCCGAGAUGGACGGGCUGGCUGUACACCCUCCGAGAUGGACGGGCUGGCUGUACACCCUCCGAGAUGGACGGGCUGGCUGGACACCCGCUGAGACGGACGGGCUGGCUGGACACCCGCUGAGACGGACGGGCUGGCUGGACACCCGCCAAAACGGACGGGCUGGACAUCCGCCGAGAUGGACGGGCUGGCUGGACACCCGCCGAGAUGGACGGGCUGGCUGGACACCCGCUGAGACGGAUGGGCUGGCUGGACACCCGCCAAAACGGACGGGCUGGACACCCUCCGAGAUGGACGGGCUGGCUGGACACCCUCCGAGAUGGACGGGCUGGCUGGACACCCUCCGAGAUGGACGGGCUGGCUGGACACCCUCCGAGAUGGACGGGCUGGCUGGACACCCUCCGAGAUGGACAGGCUGGCUGGACACCCGCCAAAACGGACGGGCUGCACACCCGCCGAGACCGCUUUGCUGGACGCACGGGCUCUUACGCCCGCCAAGACGGACGGGUUCCUAUGCCCGCCGAGACGGACGGACUCGUACGCCCGUCGAGACGGACGGACUCGUACGCCCGUCGAGACGGACGGACUCGUACGCCCGCCGAGACGAACGGGCUCCUACGCCCGCCGAGACGGACGGGCUCCUACGCCCGCCGAGACGGACGGGCUCCAACGCCCGCCGAGACGGACGGGCUCCAACGCCCGCCGAGACGGACGGGCUCCUACGCCCGCCGAGACGGACGGACUGGACCAUAAAUCCACCGGGAAAGAAGAGAUUCGACGCCCUCAGGAUAUCCGCCUGGAGAGAAGGGGCUGAAUGUCCGCUU